UAUCAUGAGCAAUCAAAAUAGGAAUUGGUGUGAAUGAAGAUUCUUAAUUGGAUGAUGAAACACUUUAAGUUUUGAGGGAUUGGGGUAGAAACAAUUUGGUGGUACAUCUACAAAACCCAUGAGUUCAUUAAAGAGAGAUGGGCUAGAGAAAUAGAAGAGUAAGCUAGAUUAUCUUGAGAAGAGAGCAUAGUUCGAAACAUACGAGAAGGAAAGUUCACUAUCAUGUAAGAUAAAGAGUUGCUGAAAGAGCGAUUAAGAGUCAAAGGCAGAUUUGUUACAUGGACACAAGCUUUAAAAAUGUUGAAUCAAUAAUAAGACACAAUCAAAUCAUGGACCUAUAAUGAUUACUUUAAGAUUAAAAAUUUACUAAAUGAGAAAUUUGGAGCCAUUAGAAGUGAAAAAUCACUAAAGUUUUGAUUCUUAAACUUUUGUAUUUAAAAUUUGUGUAUUCUUGUUUUAUAAUAUAAUAUUUA